AUGGUCAGUGUAACGCUGCCUACUGUUGACCCGAACGAUCCCAUCCUUGAGGACCUAUGUGGCAUCAAUAGUGUUACUACUGAGUUAGGUCGACAAAUGUUUAACCGAUUGUGGAAGAGCUACAAUUUCCGAGUCAAGACCUUUCAAGAAUCUGUUAUCCCUAGCUCUCAGGAUCCGGAGCUCCGGGCGCAGAGCAUCAUUCGCAGAUUAUCCAGCUUCAUCGGAGACCCUUGUGAAAAUGCAGAGACGAUACAGGCUCUGCACAACGAUAUUUGCAAGUUUGGUGUACCCACAGAUCCCGGUUAUCGCGCCGUGGUCAGGGCUCUGGCUGGUUUCAUUACGAUCGAAGAAGAAGCACUUCGAAAAGACCUACUUGCUCGAUACAGCGAGUCUAAGGAAGGUCCACGGGGCUUUGAAGAUUCACAAAUUGUUUCCUUCUUCGCUGAUCAUUAUGUCAGCCGCAAGAUUGAGACGCCUGUUAGGCGGAUGUUCAUUUUUAUCGACAUCGAAGACGAGGUCGACUCAAAUGUCGUGCACGAAAUGAUCAAUCGCCUAUCCCAGCUCUCUCACAACUCUGACUUCAGCAUAUGUGUCGCCAGCAGUUACUAUUCAGAUAUUCUCGAGGAAGACAACGUCAUUAGCAUUCCUAUACAGUUGCGCAAUACGGACGAUGUUCUACGCUAUGUCAACCUGAACCUCAUUGCGGAAUGGGAAGAGCGGAACCACACGGUGGUGAGGAUCGGUCAGAAGUGUGGUGGUCUGUUUCUCUGGGCCGAGAUCGUUGUCAACAUCCUUAAUGCGGCCAUACUCGAAGGCGCUACGCAGGAGAUGAUCGAGUACACGGUAAAGGAGAUUCCUGGUGACCUCUACGGCUUGUACGAAUGGAUGCUGUCCACAAUGAGCGAUAGAGAAAAAGCCGAAGCCUUGGUUCUGUUCCAAUGGGCCAUGCUUGCAGCUGAGCCGAUGAGGCUCAAUGACCUUUAUACCGAUGGCUGCGCGCGCGCUCCAUUGGUCUGCUAG